AUGAAGUUGACUGCCUUUAUCAGCCUCUGGCUGCCAACUCUCUUUCACAUAGCUCUGGCUGCUGAAGUUGUCCCCAGGUCCACCUUCACUGAGGUAACUAACUACGGCGACAACCCGACGGGUACCCGAAUGUGGCUAUAUGUUCCAAAGACCCUAGCUUCAAAGCCUGGGGUAGUAGUCGGCAUCCAUUGGUGUAGCGGUAGCGCCCAAGCAUACUACCAGGGCACCCAGUGGGCUUACUACGCCGAGAUAUAUGGCUUUAUUGUUAUUUAUCCUCAGACGCCAUAUACCCAGGAUAAUUGCUGGGAUGUGGCAUCAAAGAUGACCUUGACUCAUAACGGCGGUGGUGCCAGUACCUCGAUCGCCAAUAUGGCCAAGUUUGUUAUCAAGGAAUAUAGUGCCGAUGAGAGCAGAAUUUUCGUUACGGGUACUUCCUCAGGGGCCAUGAUGACUAAUGUCAUGGCCGCAACCUACCCUGACAUUUUCGCAGCAGGAAUUGCGUACGCUGGUGUCCCGGCCGGUUGCUUCAUGAGCAAAGACAAUAUUCCCGACUUCUGGAACUCAACAUGCUCUACUGGCCAGUCCAUCUGGACCCAAGGUCAGUGGGCCAAUGUUGCUAAGAACAUGUAUCCUGGAUAUAAUGGGCCACGACCAAAAAUGCAAAUCUACCACGGGUCGGCAGAUCAGGUAUUGAAUGUGCAGAACUACUACGAAACCAUUAAACAAUGGACUGGUGUAUUUGGCUAUUCAACUGAGCCGCAAUCUACCACUCCUAACUUCCCACGGAGCCCGUAUACCAGAUACGCUUUUGGCGAUAAGCUACAGACAUUUUUAGGCCAGGGUAUUACUCAUUCCAUUGACGUGUUCCCAGAAGAAGACUUGAAAUGGUUUGGUUUCGCUGAUCCAGUAAAGCCAUCGUCCACUACUACAGCCACCAGACCUACAGACACUGGUGGCUCAGAGGUUUCUCCCCAGUGGGGUCAAUGUGGCGGCAUAGAGUGGACAGGUCCUAGACAAUGCGCAAGUCCCUUCAAAUGCGUCAAGAUUAACGAUUGGUACUCUCAGUGCCAAUAG